AUGGAGGAACCAAGACGCUCUUUAGAGCCAACAGGCGAGAAGUUCUCGUCUACCUCCGACCAAGACUUUGACGACAGCGACUCCCACGAAGACAUGGACCGCCGCAACUCUACGCAUUCUGCGCAUGCUUCCAAACAGCAGGACCUGGAACUCGCAAAGACGAAGUCAAUCGCAGAGACCAUGUCUCCACUCCGCGAAGCUUUCUUUGUCGGUUUGCUCUGCUCUGCUCAGUUCGUCACACAAGCAGGUCUGCUCGGCACUCUCAAUAUCUUGCAUAUCAUCGGAUCCGAUCUUGGUAUCACCGACCCCGGUGUCCUGUCGUGGCUGAUAGCGGGUUAUUCGUUGACAGUCGGUACCUUCAUCCUGCUAUCUGGCCGUUGCGGAGAUCUCUUCGGAUACAAGAACAUGUUGAUCAUCGGCUAUAUCUGGUUUGGCGUCUGGAUGAUAGUAGCCGGAUGCAGCGUAUACAUUGAAGGUAAUGGUGGCCAGGUGCUUUUCAUCUUCUCGCGCGUGCUGGGAGGUAUUGGACCGGCAAUAUUACUGCCCAAUGCGCUUGGCCUACUAGGCGCGACGUAUAACGAGGGGAAGAGGAAGGAUAUGGUGUUCUCGCUGUUUGGAGCAUGCGCACCCGGUGGCGGUAUAGCUGGCGGCGCGUUUGCUGGUCUGUGGGCGCUCUUGUGGUGGCCGUGGGCAUUCUGGACGUUCGGCAUUGCGCUGUUCUGCCUUGCAAUCUUGUCGAUCUUCAUCCUCCCCUCAGUACCGCUCGAUCCGGAAGUUCGCAAUCUCUCGCACAGGGAACGAGUUCGUGAGCUUGACCUACUCGGCGCAAGUGUGGGCAUUACCGCCAUGAUCCUGUUCAACUUUGCCUGGAAUCAAGCGCCUGGUUUUGGAUGGGGACACCCCUACAUCUACGUCUUGCUAAUAGUCGGCCUUCUUCUCUUUCCGCUCUUCUUUUGGAUCGAGAUCAAAGUCGCCAAGAAGCCUCUCAUUCCGUUUGAUGCGCUCAGUACGGAUGUCUCGUUCGUGUUGACUUGCAUAGCAUGUGGCUGGGCUGCUUUCGGUAUCUGGGUUUAUUACUUCAUCCAAAUGCUCCAGCAGCUGCGUGGCGAGUCUCCGCUUCUCACAAUGGCUCAUCUCUGCCCUGUCGUGAUAUCCGGCUUCAUCGCUGCGGUCACCACUGGCCGUGUCAUCUCGCGCAUCGGCCCAGGUUGGGUCAUGCUUAUCAGCAUGCUAGCCUUUUUGACGGGCAACAUUCUCGUUGCUACACUCCCCGUCAACCAGAUCUACUGGGCGCAAACCUUUGUUACCACGCUCAUCAUCCCAUGGGGCAUGGACAUGAGCUUUCCUGCCGGCACGUUGAUCAUGAGUAAUGCUGUCGCUAAAAAGCACCAAGGCAUGGCAGCGAGUUUGGUCAAUACGAUCGUGAACUACAGUAUCAGUAUCGGGGUUGGCAUCGCAGGAACAGUGGAGGUGCACGUCAACAAUGGCGGAAGAACGGCGGAGGAUGAACUGCACGGUUAUCGCGGCGCCAUGUACGUUAGCGUCGGACUGAGCGGCAUGGGUGUGGUGACGAGCUUGCUGUUCCUGCUCAAGAUGUGGUUGAGAGAAAAGAGGGCGCAGAAGAAAAUCUGA